ACAUGGAGUCGGCGGGUGAGGAAAGAGAACACGUGCCUGGUCGAUCAGCUGACCUGGAGGAGAGUCAUGUGACGCGAGUGCGAACGGAGCCCCGGGUGUGGGUGAUAGAGGGAGCGUCGCAGGGUAUUGUGUCUCCCUGCGACAAUGCCGUCCAAUAAGUCAGUCUCGGAUGCUCCCAUUACCCAGUUCAAGAACUGCUACAUUCUGAAGGAUCACAAGUUACAGAGGGAGGACCUAUGGGUCCGAGAGGGGAAGAUCCUUAACCCGGAGAAGUUGUUCUUCGAUGAGAAGGGGUUUGCCGAUGUCCAGGUUGACUGUAAGGGCAGUAUCGUUGCCCCGGGAUUCAUUGACACACAGAUUAAUGGCGGUUACGGGUUCGAUUUCUCCUCGGCCUCGGCCAACAUGAAGCAGGGUGUCUCCUCCGUCGCCAAGAGGCUGCUGUCCACAGGAGUGACCUCCUUCUGCCCCACCAUCAUCACCUCUCCCCCUUCCGUGUAUCACCAGGUGAUUCCUCAGAUCGAGGUGCAGGAGGGAGGACCGGGUGGAGCGGGGGUUCUCGGGCUGCACCUGGAGGGGCCGUUCAUCAGCCGGGAGAAGAAGGGAGCCCACCCUGAGAACCACCUGCGGACGUUUGAGAAACAAGGUUUCCAGGACCUGCUGGACACCUUUGGCUCGCUGGACAACGCUGUCAUCGUCACCCUGGCGCCCGAGCUGCAGCGCAGUGCCGAGGUGAUCGAGGAGCUGGUCAGCCGAGGGAUCCGGCUCUCGCUGGGACACUCGGUGGCAGACCUGUCCCAGGCUGAGGCGGCCGUCUCACACGGAGCCACCUUCAUCACCCACCUCUUCAACGCCAUGUUGCCCUUCCACCAUCGGGACCCUGGUAUCGUGGGGCUGCUCACCAGCGACCAGAUCCCGGCCAAUCGCCGCGUCUUCUACGGAAUGAUCGCUGACGGGAUCCACACCAACCCGGCAGCCCUCAGGAUCGCACACAGGGCCCACCCCCGAGGUCUGGUGCUGGUGACGGACGCCAUCAUGGCCAUGGGCCUGCCGUCAGGGCAACACAGCCUGGGUCAGCAGGACAUCGUCAUCGAGGGACUGCACGCCUACGUGGCAGGGACCCGGACGCUGUGUGGGAGCAUCGCCACGAUGGACAUGUGCGUGCGGCAUCUGCGACAGGCGGCAGGUGCAACAGUGACUUCGACCUCGGCAGCUGGGAGAUGUGGCUUCAAAUGGCACGGAGAGAACGUACAGACUCCUUACCGACAGCAGCGGGAAAUGAACCCGGGCUGCUCGGCAGAGGCAGCUCUGGAGGCCGCUUCACUGCACCCUGCCCAGCUCCUGGGGAUCGAGGACAGGAAGGGGACGCUGGACUACGGCUCCGACGCAGACCUGGUUCUGCUGGACGAGCAGCUAAACGUGCAGGCCACGUACAUCGCGGGAGAUUUGGUGUGGGAAGGCCGUGGGCCCGCCGGGAGAGCGGGAGACCAGGAGGCCAAUACGCCUGUGUUGUAACGCAGAGAAGCGACUGGUUCACAGCGGGCAGGUGCUGGGCUGGCACCGUGCGGUCUGCAGAGGAGACAGGCCUGCUCCCUGGGUGGGACUUCGGAAUGUGCUGAACUUUUGGGAUAAAAUUCCCUGCAUCUGGUGGCGUUCCAGCCUGUUGUGUACUGGACCUGGAGACAAGACUGGUCCAAGCCUCCCCACAGGUCAUCUGUCUGGGGUUUGGUUCGAACCGGGUCAUCUGCCUGGGGCCUAGUUUAAACCGGGUCAUCUGCGUGGGAUUUAGUUCGACUGUGGCAGCAGGGGUCAGGAUCACCCCCACCCUAAAGGGACACAGAUUUCUCCCCAUCCCAUCCGGGACAACCUGACCUGUCUGAGACCCACCCAGAAAGCCAGCUACCAGGACAGUGACUGUUUGUGCACGGGGGG